CGAGAUCAAGCACCAAGGUACCAAAGAGUCGCUCUGCUCGAACCAUGGUCAAACCCCGCGCCUUCUUCGACAUCUCGAUUGACGACGGCCCAGCCGGCAGAAUCAUCUUUGAGCUGUUCAACGACACAGCCCCGAAGACAGCCGAAAACUUUCGUGCACUAUGCACCGGCGAGAAGGGAAUAUCGCCGCUGUCAGGCAGGCCAUUGUAUUACAAGAACAGCAUCUUCCACAGGUCCAUAAAGGACUUUAUGAUACAGGGUGGAGAUUUUACGAAGAGAAACGGAACCGGUGGCGAAUCCAUCUACGGCGGUGUAUUUCCUGACGAAAAUUUCACUCAUUCCAUGGACUCUGAAGGGCUGCUGUGCAUGGCUAACAAGGGCCCGAACACAAAUGGAUCACAGUUCUUUGUGACUAUGCGAGCAUGUCCGCACCUGAACGACAAGCACGUCGUAUUUGGCCAAAUAGUCCGCGGGUACGACAUUGCGAGGAAAAUAGCGGAGCUGCCGGUGGAUGAGAAGGAUCGACCGAAGGUGUCAGUCACAGUCGUGAAUUGUGGCGAACUGGUGUUACGUAGGCAAGUUACAGACGCUCUUUCUCGCGAAAAAUCACGCGCCGAGUCAGACAUGGAGGGCGAGAGCGAGUCUGAGAGCGAGUCUCGCAAGCGUAAACGUCGUCACAGGAAGCGUCCCUCAAGUCGAAGCGCCGAGGAGGACAGUGGCCAGCAAGGGGGCCAUCAACGCAAGCACAGACGAAGAAAGCACACGGAGCGUUCUGGUUCGCGAAAGCGCACAGACCUAAAAGAACGGGAAGUUGUGCCACAGGAAGAAACGGAGGCUGAGUACGACAUAAGACUGGAGCGGGAGGAGAAGGAGAAACUGGAAACUGCCAAGCGAAGGGAGUUGGAGAGGCUGAAAGGGAUCGCAGAGACGGAGGUCCCGACACAGAACGGCGUGAGGUUCAAGGGCCGGGGACGAAUGAAAUAUAUCGACCCCGAGAUUCGUCGAGUCUGAGCAUCGGUGGACCGGAUCUCAUCUUACAUUCCAAGUUCCUAAGCUCCUCGUGUUCAUUCAACCUCUUAUCUUAUAUAUAAAUGCUCGCUGGCAUCGAAUGGCUGCCCUAGCUGCCACUAGAAUCACCGGUUAGAGCCCAUCUUCAGCCACCGCGGAUUGACGGCUCUGUCCUUUCUCGAUGGUGCCUUUGGUCCAUCGGCUGUGGAGGACGACGCCUCAGGCUCCUCUUGGCUUGGUGGAAGAGGUAAGUCUUCGGCCUUGGCCAGCACGACCGGAUCCAACGGCGCGGGGAUGUCGACAUGGUUCAGAGCAUCAUCGUCGAACUUCAGAUGUAGCACAGAUGCCGGUGCUAGCUGUAGCUGAUACAGAUUGAGGUCUCGCACCUUGGAGUCCGACACUUUGAUCUCACGCUUCGGAGGUGUUUGGUAGAGGACAAAUUUAGUGGGCUUAACGUCUUCACGCAACAAGUUGCGCACAAACGCGUAGAUUGAUCUGAUCUUGUCGGUGGAGGGGAAAGUCUUCUCGAGCUGUGUACGAUCGGCGAAUCUUAUACGAAUGGUAGUAAUAGGGUACUUUGCCAGUUUCGCUUUCAGCUCAGCGUCUCGCAUGGCUUGCGUACGCAAGGGUGCAUUCACGAGUGCUUGCGUCCUAGCUGACAGCGAGUCUUGGGCUGCCUUGAGGUCGGUGAAACUGGGCGUGAAGAAAGAAUCAUGGGGUAAUCUGGGCCCAAUGCUGCUUGUCGCUUGCGGCGGCUUGUAAACUUUGUAGUCAUCUACGACUGUGGCUGGAGACGUAACUAGAGAAGUUCGUUCGGUGAAAGCUAGUGCAGAGGCCAUAUUUAGCGUGUGUUGUAGAUUUAGGAUGAUACUAGUGGUGGUGAUGGGUCGAACUCAAGACUCAAUGAAAAGAGAAGAUCUAUUGCACUACACAACCAAGCGUCUUUAGCCACAGGCGAGACUCUGAAGAU